ACAGCUCUUUUUCUUUCUAUUGUUCAUCUCAGCAGAGUUUUCCCUCCUGACCAUCAUGUGCUAUGAUCGCUACGUGUCCAUCUGCAAACCCCUGCACUACAGGACCCUCCUGGGCAGCAGAGCUUGUGCCCACAUGGCAGCAGCUGCCUGGGCCUGUGCCUUUCUCUAUUCACUGCUGCACACAGCGAAUACAUUUUCCCUGCCCCUGUGGCAGGACAAUGCCCUGUGCCAGUUCUGUGAAAUCCCACAGAUCCUCAAGCUUUCCUGCUCCAAAUCCUACCUCAGGAAACUUGGGCAUCUUGCUGUUGGUGCCUGUUUGGUAUUUGGUUGUUUUGUGUUCAUUGUUUUCUCCUAUGUGCAGAUCUUCAGGGUUGUGCUGAGGAUCCCCUCUGAGCAGGGACGGCACAAAGUCUUUUCCACCUGCCUCCCUCACCUGGCUGUGGUCUCCUUUUUUCUCAGCACUGCCGUAUUUUCUCACCUGAAGCUUCCCUCCAUCUCUUCCCCAUCCCUGGAUCUCUCCCUCUCGUUUCUGUACUCGGUGGUACCUCCAGUGCUGAAUCCCCUCAUUUACAGCCUGAGGAACCAGGAGCUCAAGGCUGCAGUGUGGAGACUGAUGACUGGAUGUUUCCAGAAACAUUAA